AUGGGUAUUGCAUUGCAUUGCACAACCCCCCCCCCAAAGCUUGCUGCACCCCGAGGCGCUUUGCACUCACCGGAUUCCUUGCAGGACAAGGACAGUGCAUGACGGCAGAGGGGGCGGGUCAGCUGCUCUGCUUAAGCCACGCCCCCUUCCCAAGUCAGUAUCGAGCAGCAGCACACUCCCCUCUAGCAGCUUCACUCUCUGGCUUUAACCCUUAAGGCAACGAGCAUCUGUUCCCUAUACUCGAAGCCCAGGUUCCCUCCCUCCUCUCCCCAUUGGCUGGGUACUGCAAUUAUCCCGCCCCCGGAAAUAUCCUGCCUCCGAGGCGGGAGCUCCCAUUCCCGCCCCCGCUGCCCAGGGUCGCUGCCACCAUCGCCAGGAUUUCGGGUUAGUGCAAAGCCAGCGGCGGGGAAGGAGGGAAGGGGCUUGGCAAGGGGUGGGGGUCCAGGAUGAGAAGCCCCGGGACGGGGAGAAGAAGAGAAGGGAGGAAAGGGAGCUGUUUCUCUUAAUGGGGCCUUGAAGGAGGGGGGGGAGGGGUUUCCACUGUGGAAAGAGAGAAGCUUCCCCCUGCCCGGAUGUGAUGCAAAGGGAGUUGCAGGGAAGGAGGCGGGAAAGGGGUGAGAUUUGAGUAUUGCUAGCAAGGCUCGCAAUAAAAUAAUGAUAAUAAUAAUAAUAAUACCCUGCCCAUUGUCUGGGUUUCCCCAGCCACUCUGAGCGGCUUCCAACAAAAUAAAAAACACCCAAAGCAACCAAACAUUGAAGUCUUUUGUAGAAAUGGCCUUCGAUUUUAAAGAAAUGCCCUCUUGAAGAAAUCACGUGGUGUAAAUAUGCAUGUUGUCCUCGAGGUGCAAAUACACAUACAUGAGCAAGCAAGCAGUGCUCCAAAGUGCUUCUCUUGAGAACUUGCCAUCUAGGUUGUUUACUAAUGGCAAAAGCUCCUGUAUGUUCCAUGGAAUCUACUCUCAGGCUGUUGUAAGCCAGAAAAUCACUUAUCUCUUCAGUUUACACCAAUAAAACUCAGAAACAGGAGGAGUUAGGAGUCUAACAUUGUUUAUUGCAAAGCAAUAGGUUACAGUUUGAUCGUUCCACAAAACUGCAACCCUGCCUGGUGUUCCAGGCAGUGAUAUUUAUAUAUGUAAUGCCAAACAAAGCAUUUGAAUUUCCACCAAUCGUAUACAGUACAGUACAUCAGAGAUGUCCAAGUGGUCGACCACAAUCGACAGGUAGUCUUCUGUGUUGUUUUGGGUCAGUUAUUGGACCCUUGAAGGCCCCUCCCCUCUCUGCAACCACUUCUGCGCAUGCUCCUGUUCUCUUUUUGCUCAGCAGUUCCUUGUUGUUUUUUAAAUAAUUUUUAUUACAUUUUCAGUUUUUUUGUAAUCACAAUAUCCAUACAUAAAUCAAGAAGCUGAAACAUCGCUCUAUCCGAGCAUCGACCUCCUCUCGCCCCUCAUUCUGACUUUCGUACAUAUUUACCUUAUACUUAGCAUUUCUAUAGCCACUUUUUUACCUUCUCUCUUAUUUUUAUAUUUCCUCUUAUUAAAUGCAAAUCAGUUCCUUAUAUUGUCAUUACGAAACAUUUCAACCUAAAGCUACAAACCUUUUCAGAUGUUUACAAUAUUCUUUCAUAUAUAAUAUAAAUUUGCUCCAGUCUUUUUGAAACAGUUCGUCGCGCUGAUUCCGGAUCUUCCCCGUCAGCUUUGCUAACUCUACGUAUUCCACCAUCUUACUCCGCCAUUCUUCCAAUGUUGGAAUCUCCUGUAAUUUCCAUUUCUGAACCAGAAGAAUCCUUGCGGCCGUUGUGGCACACAUAAAUAGAUUCACAUCUUUCUAAAAAAUUUCAUCUCCAAUUAGACCUAACAAAAAUAACUGGUUUUUUACUGAAAUUGUAUUUAAAGAUCUUUUUUAAUUCAUUGUAAAUUGUACCCCAAUAAGUUUUCACCCUAGUACACGUCCACCACAUAUGGAGGAAAUUCCCCUCCUUUUCCUUACAUUUCCAACAGUUUUUAUCCUGAUUUCUAUACAUUUUUGCAAGGUUGGCCGGUCUCAUGUACCAUCGAUACAUCAUCUUCAUUUGAUUUUCUUUGAGUGACAUACAUGCUGUGAAUUUAAUGGUUUUGGUCCAUAAUAUUUUCCAUUCUUCAAAAUCAAUAUUAUGUCCCAAAUCCUGGGCCCAUUUGAUCAUAACACUUUUUACCUCGUCAUCCUUUGUGUGCCACUCCAAUAAUAGCUUGUACAUUUCCGACAGUGUUUUCCUUUUACUACUCAACAAUUCAGUCUCUAGUUUUUAUUUGAUGCUACCAAACCCAGUUCUCUUGCUAUCUUCUCUGAAUACAUCCUGCAAUUGGUGAUUCUGCAAUCAAUCAGUUAAUUUUUCUCUCAGUUCUUCAAAUGGCUUUACCUUUAAUUUGUUAUCCACUUCCAUUAACAGGUCUUUGUAUGUUGCCCGUUCACUUCCCAUGUCUUUCUUUUUUACUGCAAAGGCUUCCAAUGGAGAAAGCCACCACAGGGUUUUACAUUCAACCAGUGUUUUGUAUCUAUUCCAAACUUCGUAUAAUGAUUUCCUAAUGGUGUGAUUUAAAAAACCUCUUACAUAUUUUAACCAGCAGUUCCUUGUUUUAAUGUUUAUUGUUGCCAAAAGAAUCUAAUUUUUUCUUGCUUCCCCCGCCUCCUUAAAACGUCCCUUUGGAUUUUCACGUUCCUGAUAUUCAUCAUUGCCUCAUUUUAUUAUAAUACACAUGCGCAACAAGCACUGGCAAUUUCUGCUGAAUAAGUUCUGAUCCCUACCGCGUUCUGUGACAUUGUGUUGGUGUGCGUGUUGGGAACCUGUGUUACAUGCAGCCAUUUGCAUCAUGUGGCGACUCAUGUUCUAGCUUUCUGCUGUAUCUUUGUGAUUCCCAUAUUAGCUGUAUUUCUGCCCGAAUUGGGAGGUGGCAACUUGCAAAAUAGCCAGUUUCAUAAAGCACAGGCUACCAUAACUUCUUUAUUAGAAGCAUACUCAAGGAUUUAAAGGGGUACACAUUGUUACAUUUAUUGUGGCCCUUUGGGCAACUGCCACAAGGCCACUACUGCCCAUACCAUGCCAGCCUUAGGAAGGGAGAAGGGACAGGCAGACGGAAGGAAUUCCCAAAGGUGUUUGAAAAUGGGUGGAGGCUCUUGGGAAGCGGGUGCCCAAUAGGGGCUUCUACAGGGGCAGCAGAAUGUUUUGGGCAGAAUCCCUGCAGGGGCUCUGAAACUCCCUUGGCUUCUUCCUUCCUCCCAGGAAGCUACAACUUGCCCUGACUUCUGUGCUCCUGAAGAAGUUGAACCUGCAAACCUGGUCAGGAUGGACGGAGGAAGAUGGACAGUUGACCUGGUCAAGCUGUCUCCUGCAUCCCUCCCUACGACCUCUGAGCAUCCCCUCCCGGGACCCUCGGAGAAAUCUGGUGAGUUUCAGGGGAGAGGAGAUGGGGACAUGGAUGGCUGGAUGGUGGAGGGAGAAAGAGGAAAAGAUGGAGAGGAGACCAAAGGCAGGAAGGGCCAGGCAGGAAGAAGGAAGGGAGGGAGGGAGGGAGGGAGGGAGGGGUGAGGCCUUCUCCAAAGCAGCUCUUUGUUUUUGGAAUCUCUGGUGUUAUUUCCAGUGCAGGAUUAAGUGACGAUAAUGAUGUUGUACACCAAUCCAGAAAAAUGGGUGAAGGGGGCUAUGGAAAUGCUUCCUGUCAUUAAUUAUAUUUCAUAUAUUUAAAUAGUUUAUGUUACUUUUUUUUUUUAAAGACUGGGUCAGAGUGAUACAUUCCACCAGCAUCAAAAUACAGUAGAUGCAUGCACCUCCCCAGUUUCGUGGGCUUUGGAGACAAAGGACCUGUUAUCAUGAUACACAGUUCAUGUGGCUGGAGGCUCUGCACAUAGGAUUGGGCAUAUGAAGACCGAGGGUGGCCAGUAUUAUAACCAAAUAGUGUAAACUUGCCAUUCUUACAAACGGAUUGUGAGUGAGUGGGAUAAUAAUUUAUAGCGCCCCUGUAAUUCUGUCCCUCCAUAAGCUUACAUGGAGCUAAAUGGUACAACCUUGGUACAAAUUUCAAAAUAAGUGCACAAAACCAACAAAGAGACUCACAGAUUUAUAGUGGCACCAGCUUUCCUAAUCAAGAGUUCCCUUUGUCAGACUGCAGCCCACAAAAACUUAGGUCAUAAUACCUUUAUGAGCCUUUUAGGCCUGCAAAAGAUGAAUAAACAGAAGCACAGGAGACAGUGACUGCCAGCAACUAGGGUAGCUUGAAAAAAAUGAUUAGACUGAUGUCUGUGCUCUGCCCUCACAGUCCUAGGCAAUAAUGCUUCUUAAUACUAGUUUCUGGAAAGCACAGGAGGGCAGGGGGCUCUUGGGCUGAAAUCUUGCUUGCUGGUUUCCCACAGGCUUCUGCUUGGCCACUGUGAGAACAGGAUGCUGGACUAGGUGGGCCUUUUCCCAAUCCAGUAGGCUCUGUUUAGGGUCUAAUAUAUUGCAAUAUUUUUACACUUACAUGUGGCAUAAGAACAUUUCAGUUUUACUUCUUACUCAUAGGAGAGACUGCUGUUGGAGCCUGAGAUCCUUUCCUCACUUGAAAAAGAAAAAGACAGAUGUGUCUUAUAAGCCAGUCUUAUAAGCCAGUUCCACUGUAGAUAUCUAUUAUAAAAUGAUGGUGCUUUCUUAAAUGUGAAUGGAGUGAUCUGUUACGAUAUAGAAGCAAUGCAGCUGCGAGCUGCUAGCUUGAAAACAUCACAUGAUGUUGGGACUGUCCGUGGGAAACAGAGGGCACCGGAAUUAGCUCAGAGUGUAAUAUGAGCUGUACAGGAAGUGUUUGUCUCUCGACUGCUGGAGUUUGAAGAGAGCAGUCAUGUUUUUUGUAACGCUGCAAAGACAGAAAUAAAGGCAUGUAAAUACGUUUCUGUCUAUCUCUUUCCCCUGCCGGGGGGGCAACAAAGGGGGGGUGUUCUUCUCACGCUGAGAAGGAUCGCCUAUCGCGACCUCUGCCUGGAUCUUGCUGAGGAAUGCAGACAGGGAGGUCAACAGGAGACCAAGCUGGGUGCCUGGGAGUGUUGACAGUUUCUCCUGAUAAAGGCUUGAUUUCCGACAUGAUCAUGGGUUGCUCUUGCCAUUAUCUCAUCUUUAUUCCUAAAAAUUUGGAACUUGGAGACAGUGGACAAUGGAAUGAAAAUAAGAGAAGGUGCACAUGGGACUUCACAUGUGUUCAGUUCCUUUCUUGUCUUUUUUAAAAGUCUAACAGGAUUCUCUCCCCCCCCCUCCCAAACAGGUGAGGAAGACGAUGGUCAGAAUUCUACGGAGCCAUCUGUGAAUUCAUUGGGAAGAACAAAGAAACAGUUUAAAUGCAGGGAAUGUGGAAUGUGCUUUAGUCACUGUGGAAGAAUGAGGAUACACCAAGGAACUCACAUGGGGGAGAAACCAUUUGAAUGCAUGGAGUGCGGAAAGAGCUUCCAUAAAAGUGGAACAUUUAGAAUACAUCAACGAACUCACACGGGGGAGAAACCAUUCAAAUGUAUUGAAUGUGGAAAAAACUUCAGUCAAAGUGGAAACCUUAGAAUACAUCAACGAACUCACACAGGGGAGAAACCAUUCAAAUGUAUUGAAUGUGGAAAGAGCUUCAGUCAAAGUAGUCACCUUAGAAUACAUCAACGAACUCACACAGGGCAGAAACCAUUUAAAUGUAUUGAAUGUGGAAAGAGCUUCAGUCGUAGUGGAACACUUAGAAUACAUCAACAAACUCACACGGGGCAGAAACCAUUUAAAUGUAUUGAAUGUGGAAAGCGCUUCAGUCAUCGUGGAGCCCUUAGAAGCCAUCAACGUACUCACACAGGGGAGAAACCAUUUACAUGUAUUGAAUGUGGAAAGAGCUGCAGUCAAAGUGGAAACCUUAGAAUACAUCAACAAACUCACACGGGGGAGAAACCAUUUAAAUGUAUUGAAUGUGGAAAGCGCUUCAGUCAUCGUGGAGCCCUUAGAAGCCAUCAACGUACUCACACAGGGGAGAAACCAUUCAAAUGUAUUGAAUGUGGAAAGAGCUUCAGUCAAAGUGGUCACCUUAGAAUACAUCAACGAACUCACACAGGGGAGAAACAAUUUACAUGCAUUGAAUGUGGAAAGAGCUUCAGUCGUAGUGGAACACUUAGAAGACAUCAACGAACUCACACAGGGGAGAAACCAUUUAACUGUAUAGAAUGUGGAAGGGGCUUCAGGCGUAGUGGUCACCUUAGAAGACAUCAACAAACUCACACGGAGAAACCAUUUAGUUGCAUUGAAUGUGGAAAGAACUUCAGUCAAAGUGGAGACCUUAGAAUGCAUCAACAAACUCACAUGGGGGAGAAACCAUUUAAAUGUAUUGAAUGUGGAAAGAGCUUCAGUCGUAGUGGAAACCUUAGAAGACAUCAACGAACUCACACAGGGGAUAAACCAUUUAAAUGCAUUGAAUGUGGAAAGAGCUUCAGUGAUAGUGGAGACCUUAGAAUACAUCAACGAACUCACACAGGGGAGAAACCAUUUAAAUGCAUUGAAUGUGGAAAGAGCUUCAGUCGUAGUAGAACACUUAGAAUACAUCAACAAACUCACAUAGGGGGGAAAUUGUUUAAAUGUAGGGAGUGUGGAAAGAACUUCAGUCAAAGUAGACACCUUAGGAAACAUCAGCUAACUCACAUAGGGGGGAAACCACAGAUGUAG